UUCCCGUCAGGAACAUUUAUUGACGGAUCACAACAUUGCAGUUGGCUGCCAAUGUCAGUCACGUUGUUAUAAAAUAAUCGAACCCAGCAAUUUAGUCGUAGAAUGGUUAUAAAAUCGUAUCAUUAGUAUAAGAAUGGCAGAGCAGGAGCCAGGCAGUAAGAAUCAGGGAGUAAAACUUUUAGGGAUACUGGAUGUUGAGAAAACUCCUUGUGCAAGAGAAGCUAUUCUCCAUGGUGCAGGAGGAUCAGCUGUUGCAGGAUUAGUGCACUUUUUGGCAACCAGCAGAGUGAAGCGCUCAUUCCAUGCAGGCAUGGCUGGAUUCAUGAUCACAACAAUGGCUUCCUGGUUCUACUGUCGGUAUAACAAUGCCAGACUGCGGGUACAGCAGAAGAUGAUUCAGGAUGGAAUUAAGAAUAAAGUUAUUUACGAGGGGACGAGUCACGAUCCAACACGAAAAGCAAGAGAUCAAUGAAGUCCCAAUAUUUUAUAAUAUACUGUGACGUUUUACAUUCUCUAAUCAGCUAAAUGGCAGUUAAUGGUUUAAAAUGUCUGUUUUUAUGCUGAAGUCAAUAUUUGACCAAUGUGAAAAAUCUAACAAGUGAAACAA